CCAGUCGCUCCUCUUUUCUCUGACUUCAUCCCUGCCAAUGCUCUCUCCUCAAGGAACAACGAAGACGAUUGAGAAAAAAAGUUAAACUGUUUGAAGAAGCACUUCCUGAUGUAGCAGCAGAGGAAGCCAGAGAAGAGGCAUUGAGUGCAGCCAGGGACCUAGAGAAUGAGAAAUUGAAGACAAUAAAAUUAUGGAGCGGGUUGAAAUGAAACAGGCUGGCCUGAUGCGGCAGUACCGGGAAGCCAGGAAGGCCCCUCCAAAGGUCACGUACGUUGACCGGGACUGCUGUGUCACCGUGGGAACGUCUGCGGUGCAUCAGAUGUACCACGAGUGGCACGAGCUGGUGGUCAGGCUGGACGUGUGGCACCUCAUGCAAUGCUUCGCUAGGGGUGUCACCACAGACAGCCACCAGCUCUAUGGCCUCUUCAUGGCGAGGCUAUCCUUCGCCAUUUUCGAGUGGGAUGCUGAGGAUGUCGCCCGCCUGAGAGAGGCCGAGCAGUCCGUGGAGGGGAGGGAAGCCCACAUCAAGCUGUCCGGCAAGGAGCUGGCUCGCCAGGAGGUGCUGGACGCCUUCUGGACGCUGACAGACACCAUGGGCGUCCCCUUGAUCGACCGCGCCCACAUGGAGGAGAUCUGGAGCACGCAGCGCCGCCACCUCGACUGCAUCCAGGACCCAGAGGGGGUGGAGCUGUACACCCGGACAGGAGAGGUCACCAAGGGGGGUGUGAAGCUCCCCGUCUUCAGGUGUGCUCGAGGCUCCACUUCCCUGGAGUCCUUCCACCUGCACCAGUGUCGCUUCAUCCCAGGUACAACUGCGAGUGAUGUCCACGGACACUGAUGAGGGCUUCGAGGAAGAGGAGGAGCCAGAGGAGAUCCGUCUCCUUGCACAUCACAGCGCUCUCCUCCAGAAGCCCCACUGUGUGCCUGAUGUCGGAGAGGCCUCGUCAUCCCAGUCGGGACCCCACCACCCACCUCCUGAUCACAACAGGAUAGAGGUGCAGCAGGCUGAGCUGGAGGAAGAGGAGGAUGAAGUCAUUGGGCCAGACGGUCACCCCGGUUACGAUCACUUGGUGGCCCUGGCCCACGCCCUCGUG